CAUCAGAUCCGUCGUUUCAUAGAGACCCCACCCCCUGUAUUUCAUCUUCUUCGAACCCCACACCCCUGAAACCAACGACCCCUUUCUCCUUCAGCACACCCAGAGACACAAAUCCAAUUCUUGGUCUAAAUUCGGGUCCUUAGUUGAAUAAAAGUCGAUCAAGACUACUCCAGCUCAAGCAUUUUCUGAAUCCUAGAAAAAGGAUACAAAAUUUGCAUGUUUCGAGUUUGUGGGUGUCUUCUUUCAGCUCUAUAUUGAGUACCCAAAAUGAAUAUGUAUGGUAGGGAUCCAUGAGGCCUAUAUUUCAAAAGAAAAAUCCAGCAAAUAUAUUCUUAAUCUGAGUUUUAGUUUUCAUAUUUGAUUGAGAAGUUCAAACAAAGAUACAUCUUCUGUUUUUCCCUUUUUAGUUCGAAAUUUUGUUUUCAAAUUAUGGGAUUCGAUCAAGUUUGAAGGUGUUCGAGUUCGUCGCCGUCGAGAUCCGGAAUCAUCGUUUCUUCUCUUUGCACAAAUGACAAAAAUGUUGGAUAGUAUAGAGCGUUCGCUCGAUUUCUGUCUGUGUACUACUGGAAAUUUCAUCAAUUGAAAGUUCGAUUUUCAGUUGUCAUAAUUGCUGAAGUUUUAUUAAUUGGAAAGCAAUUUCAGAUCUGAAAAGGAGAUGAUCUUCCGAAAAUCUGGUCCUUCAAAGGAAAUUGUUGUUGUUUUUCUGCUAUACCGAUUCGCUGUGCAUAUAAAUUUGCUUACAUGUACAAAGACAUGGACAUCUCUGUUGUUGCUGGAAUUGAAGCUAGAGGGUCCAUGUUUGGUCCAUCUGUAGCUCUAGCCAUUGGUGCAAAGUUUGUUCCUUUACGCAAGCCAAAAAAAUUAUCAGGUAAGGUAAUUGCAGAAUCAAAUGAACUGGAGUAUGGGAAAGAUUGUUUGGAGAUGCAUGUUGGAGCUGUACAGCAAGGGGACAAAGCAGUCAUACUUGACAAUUUGGUAGCUACCGGUGGAACGCUCUCUGCUGCAAUUAAACUUCUAGAAUGGAUGGAGGCUAAAGUGGUUGAAUGUGGUUGCGUUAUCGGAGUGCCAGAGGUCAAGGGUCAAAGCAGGCUAAAGGGAAAGCCUCUCUAUAUUCUUGUGGAAUCGCAGGAACUAGAAGAUUUUUUGUGAGGUACGCCUUGUCAUUUUCUUCAUAGAUUCAGUUUAAGAAACAGAUUAUAGUUCCUAGCUAUAUUGUAAUUUGCAUAGAAACACUUGAAUUUGUUUUUCUUGCUCCCCUUGUUCUUUUCGCUUUGUGUUGUCUACCUAUUUUGAUUCUUAUUUUGACUGGCUAGUUCUUUACUAUUAAUAAGAGAAUAUGAUCAAAAAUCAUUUUUCAUUGACUAA